CUUGCCAAAUUCACUUCAUCUUUCUCAUUUCAGUUAGGGUUUCAUUUAUUCCGAAGUUACCAAAAAAAGAAUUGCCUGCUAAAUUCAAAAAUCACUCUCAGAUUAGAAGAUUCUUGUCUUUGUUUAUGAUCUGUUGAUUCUACUGCUUCAAAUCUAACUAAUUCAGUUGCUGAAAAGGAUUGCAAUGGAAACAGGUUUGGGUUCUGAUCCUCCUACUUUUGAUAAGAAUAGAGUUUUAGAUGUAAAGCCUUUACGCUGUAUAUCUCCGAUUUCUUCAUUUCCACCAUUUGGAUCUCAAGUUUCUCAUCCUGCACCACCACAACCACCACCAAAUCCAACUGGGUUUUCUCAGUUUUCUCAGUUUUAUCAACCUUUUUUUAAUCCUUCGAUCCCUCAAUACCCAGUUCACACACCAGCAAAACCCGAUCUUCCUAAGAAAAACCCAAAAACCCCUUCCUCGACGACGAAUGAACAAGGGAAUAGUACUAACAGUAGUAUACCAAUUAUAGAUUCAACUGGUGCUAGUAAUGGAGGGAAGCAAAGGUCUACUAGUAUUACUAGACCUACUAAGAGGGUGAAAAUUAGUGAAGAGGUUAGGUUAUCAUCACAAGAAGGGGAUAGUGUAUCUGUUGGGAAUGUUUUGAUGAAAUUUGAUGCACUUAGAAGAAGGCUUGCUCAAGUUGAAGGUGAAAUUAAUAAGCGACCGGAUUUAACAGCUGGGUCGAUAAUGAUGGCAAAAGGGUUGAGGACAAAUAUGAGGAAGAGGGUUGGGGUUGUUAAUGGGAUUGAAGUUGGAGACAUAUUUUAUUUUAGGAUAGAGCUUUGCUUGGUGGGACUACAUGCACAGAGUAUGGCGGGGAUUGAUUAUAUGGUUUUGAAGUUUGAUCAAGGUGAAGAACCUGUUGCUUUAAGUGUUGUUUCAUCUGGAGGGUAUGAGGAUGAUGUUGGGGAUGGGAAUGUGUUGAUUUAUAGUGGGCAGGGUGGAAAAGACGAAGGUGAUCAAAAGCUUGAAAGGGGAAAUCUUGCACUGGAGAAAAGCUUGCAUCGGGCUAGUGAAGUGAGGGUUAUUAGAGGUGUGAAGGAUGUUGCUAAUCCAACUGGUAAAGUAUAUAUGUACGAUGGUCUUUAUAAAAUACAAAAAUCAUGGACUGAGAAAACUAAAACAGGUGCUGGUGUUUUCAAAUUUAAAAUGGUGAGGAUGCCUGGGCAACCCGAAGCAUUCACUAUCUGGAAAUCGAUUCAAUCAUGGAGGGAGGACAUUAAUUCUCGUCCUGGGCUUAUAUUACAAGACAUAACCGCCGGAGCAGAGAAGGUACCAGUUCCGCUUGUAAAUGAGAUUGAUAUUGGUGAUGGAAGACCUGCGCCCUUUCUUUAUCAUACUGGUCUCAAGUAUCUUAAACCUGUGAAUCCCUUAAUUGGCUGCCAAUGUCAAGGCGGUAAAUGUCUUCCAAGUUCCAAUUGCUCUUGUAUUCUGGCAAAUGGAGGUGAUCCCCCAUAUGCCAAUGGGAUCCUCGCGAUCCAAAAGUCUUUGAUACACGAGUGUGGUCCUUCUUGUUCAUGUUACCCUAACUGCAAAAAUCAAGUGUCCCAAAACGGUCCAAAAGUGCGCCUGGAGGUAUUUAUGACGAAGAAUAAAGGUUGGGGUCUUUGUUCUUGGGAUCCUAUACGUGCAGGCACUUUUAUCUGUGAAUAUGCAGGAGAAGUCAUAGAUAAAGAUGACAGAGGAGGAGCACAUGUAGACGAUGAUUAUAUCUUCAAUGCCACCCAUUUGGGAGACUACUCAAAUGAAUGGAAUUAUGUGCCAGAGUUGAUAGGAGAAGAAAAGCCCGUGGAUUUGAAUGAAGCAUUCAAGCCUGCAUUACCUAUGAUGAUCAGUGCAAAGAAGAUGGGAAAUGUAGCUCGUUUCAUGAACCAUGGCUGCUCUCCAAAUGUCUUUUGGCAACUUGUUUUACGUGGUCAAAACAAGGAUUCUUUUCCGCAUAUCAUGUUUUAUGCAUUUAAACACAUUCCUCCAAUGACAGAGUUGACUUAUGAUUAUGUGGAAUCUGGCAGAAUGAAGCAAUGCUUCUGUGGGUCGGCAAAUUGCAGAAGCUUUUUUGGCUAGUACUCAAGAAACAGAAACCUAGUUGGAGGUGAAAAGGGGUUCAGUAUAUCCAUAAAGGUUUAAAGUCUCCACCAUUUCUAACUGCUUUUUAACUUCUUCUAAGUAAUAAGUGUUUGCUCCUUUUGCUCCUGUCUAAUGUAUGGUUUGGUUGGUUAGGUUAUGUUGCUCAUUGUAAUUUUUUUGGGAUGUGUAAGAUGCAUGUAUCAUUGUAUUUGUAACAAGCUCUUAGUCAAGUAAGAGGAUGUAUUUUGUAACAGCUUUGUGCAGUAGAUAUAAAUCAAUAAUAAAGAAAAGAAAUGCUGUCCUCUUGUAUCAUGCUAUAUAAAAUCUUUGUCGAUUCCGUUCUC